AUGCCAAAACAAGACGACGAUUCAUAUUUAUAUAUUCAGGGCGAUUACUCAUUGGAUUCUGAUUUCGAUAAAUCACCCAGUAGCAAAUACAAUCCAACUAACAACAAAUUAGAACAAGGCUUUAACAAGUCUACACCCCGACUUAAUUAUUCUGGCUCUAUAAAUUCUUGCCAAAAUAAUAAAUAUCUGAACUCAAUUUAUUCAACUCCACACGCACUUGUACAUCAAAGUCCAAACUCUGACUUAUCACCUUUCUCAAGAAGCGAAUUUUCAAUUCCACCUUACCCAAGGGAGGAUUUAAGUCCCUCGAACUGUUCAAACCCGGAUAACAGAAUUACGAGAGAAAGAUCGUAUGUCUUUCCAUCAGCUUAUAGAAGUGGAAGAUCUAGCACUUGCAAUGUAACUAUUCCAAUAGAAUUAGAUCAAUGCAUUUCUAACUCUCCACCAAAUAAUCACAGUAAAUUUGUAAACACAAGUGAGUUUAACACUGAUAAAACUAGUAAUACAAACAAGAAUCCAAAAAUAGUUAAAGAGUUGGAAUCGCAAAAUAUGGAGGAUAAGACGGACGAAGACAAUUUAUUAUACGAAGCAGGUCGGGAUUUAUUAUUGGCACCAGAAUUUGCAUCUGAUGAGAGAACUCGGAGGUUCUUGUCCCUAUCGAGGGAACUUUACGUAGCCAUCAUAGGCUGUCAAGUUGUAUAUAUACUAACUUCUUUGAUGUUUGGCAACGCUCCUCUUUCUAUAAUUGUUACUCUGUUAAUGAUACAAAGUUGUUUUUGUCACGCUGAUGGUAGGCCCGUAGCAUAUAUUGUCAAUGCAUUUCUCUCUCUUGCAAUAAAUAUUACAAUAAUUAUAGCUCUAGCUCAGGAUAUAUCUGGUCUAGAGCCCUUUAGGACUGAGCCAGUACUAAAAACUCUUUCCUAUGUUUACAUACCAAUUUGUUUUUUGUUUACAGCCCUUUCAGUAUUUUUGGCAUUUGGAUUCAGGAGGCUGAGAAAUAGCGAGAAGAAAACAAUAAUCAACGCAACAAAUAAUCUCCUAGGGAAGAGAUAUCACGUUGAUCAAAAGCACUUGACUGUAAAACCAAACUAA